AUCAGCUUUUAUAACUAAAUUUUGUUCUCAGAAAAGAGGGUUUGAUUAUUUUGCAUUUACUCCAUUCCUUGUCCAUCCUUUACUCCAUUACAAGCACUUUAAAUGGUAUUCAGCACUUUCCAAGAAGCCUGCUGUCAUCAUUUUUCAUCUUGUCUUUGUCACUGAAAUAUUAUUCUCUGUUGUCUCAGUCAUGCUACACAUUCUGAAAGAUAUGCUGAGUGCUUUCCAUGAAGGGAAGUGGGGAACCUUCACCCUUUCUUUUUUGUUGUUGAAAUAUGAUUGCCUCUGCCCACACCAAUAUUACCACAUAGUUUGGGAGGAAAGAAAUUAAUGUAGGACUGAGUCAAUAAUGAAUGAUGGAAUGCCAAAUGAUUGUACCGAGACACAUUUAGGGGACAAGAAUCUGAUACAGAAAAUCAGUCAAGAUGAAUGAUUUGUUCUCGAGUUCGUUCAAAAAGUACACGGACCUGAAGCAGCAGACCUACAUGGACGACAUGGAGUCCGGGAAGGAGGCUGUAAACCUGGACAAAUUCUUUGAAGAUGUUGAGAAUGUGAAGCAAGACAUGGGUGGUGUGGAGAAGCUGUACAAGCAAUUACAAGAUGCCAAUGAAGAAAGCAAGACCGUCCACAAUGCCAAAACCAUGAAGGAUCUACGUGCCCGGAUGGACUCAGAUGUCACCCAGGUCUUGAAACGGGUCAAGAUGAUCAAGGGGAAGCUCGAAGGGCUGGAACGCUCCAAUGCAGCGAGCCGCAACGUUCCAGGUUGUGGACCGGGAUCAUCUGCAGACCGAACGCGUAGCUCAGUGGUUAGUGGAUUGGGGAAGAAACUCAAGGACAUGAUGGAUGAUUUUCAGGGGCUUAGAGCAAAAAUGUCAGCGGAGUAUAAGGAAACAGUUGAGCGGCGGUACUACACCAUAACAGGACAGAAGGCGGACGAGGACACCAUUGAGAAUUUAAUAUCAAGCGGUGAAAGUGAGAGUUUUCUGCAAAAGGCCAUACAGGAACAAGGGAGAGGUCAGAUCAUGGAUACAAUAUCAGAAAUCCAAGAGAGACAUGAUGCCGUGAAGGAGAUUGAAAAGAACUUGAUUGAGCUCCACCAGGUGUUCUUAGACAUGGCAGCUCUUGUGGAGGCACAGGGUCAACAGCUCAACGACAUUGAAAGCCAUGUAGCCCAUGCUAGCUCCUUUGUGAGACGUGGGACUGAGCAGCUUCAGGUGGCCCGGGAAUACCAGAAGGGCUCCAGAAAGUGGACCUGCAUUGCCAUAAUUCUUGGGGCUAUUGUAGUCGGCCUUCUCCUCUUACCCAUUUUACCAACCUUGAUAUCAAUGUUACCCAAAUGAAGGAAAACCCAAGACAAAGGAAAAAAACAGACUCAUUAACCUUAUAGCGUCAAAAGAGUUUAGUGGAAUUGCAUUUCAAUCUUGUAGUUAGAUGUUGCAUCCGAUUUCAAUGAACGGGGCUUUGAUGCUAAA